AUGAUUAAAAUAACACUCGUUGUCUUACUUGCCUUAAUCUCCUUCCAAGGCGCUCAAGCUGUUAUUGGUGUUGAUAUCUCUCAACCCUUCAGCAACUUUUAAUGCUUAAAGAAUUAAGGAAUUUAAUUCGUUAUUGCUAGAGGUUACAUGAGUUACGGUGCUGUUGAUACUAACAAUAUUUCUACUCUCUAAAGUGCCAAGUCUGUUGGUCUCAUUACUGAUAUUUACCACUUCCCUUGUGUCGGUAAAGUUAGCGCUGCUGCCUAAGCUCAAGCUACUAUUAAUGCUUAUGGAUCUUUAUACGGAACUGUCUGGAUUGAUGUUGAAACUAACCCUUCUUCUGGCUGUGGUUGGACUUCCAACAUUAACACCAACUGCUAAUUCUUGAAGGAUAUAGUCUCUGCUUAUCAAUCUCAUGGUAAGUUAGUUGGUAUUUAUAGUUCUCAAUACUAAUGGACCACCAUCUUCGGAGCUGCUGGUAACUGCCCUUACUUCACUAAUCUCCCUAUCUGGUACGCUCACUAUGAUGGUUCUGCUAGCUUCAGCGACUGGAGUAAAUAUUCAUUCGGUGGUUGGUCUAAGCCUGCUAUUAAGUAAUACAUUGGUGAUACUACUAUGUGUGGUCUUGGUGUCGAUAUGGAUUAUUAUUGA